GGCCUUGGGAAUUUCAUCUUUUUAUCUACAAAUCCACGCUCAGGCAGAGGCCCUCUCACGUCAUGGCCUUUGCUGCAACCUUCAGGCAGAGCUCGUUUCCAUACUUCUUGUCUCCGUCACCAUACCCACAACUCCACAGAAGAAGAAACCCCAUUAUUCAUCUACCCCUAAUCAGAGCGGUGAAAUCGACGGAAGCAGAGAACCAGAAGCCUACGCAGGCGAAAAUAGAGGAUUCUUCCAUAACUUCGGAUGCAGCUCCUACUAAGCGGCCGAAGAAACCCGUCUACUCCAUGAAGAAGGGUCAGAUUGUGAGAGUGGACAAGGAAAAGUAUCUCAACAGUGUCAAUUACUUAUCGGUCGGGCAUCCGCCGUAUUACAAAGGGCUGGAUUACAUAUACGAAGACCGCGGCGAGGUCUUGGACAUUCGCAUCUUCGAGACUGGGGAAUAUGCACUUAUUGCAUGGGUUGGGAUCCCAACAGCACCAGCUUGGCUUCCAACAGACAUGCUUAUCAAGUCUGAUAGGCUCAAUUACGAGAGAAUGUAAUGAUCAAUCCGCAUUCAUGAAAAACCCUCUUCUCUCAUCUCGUGAUCGAAGGAAGUCUUGUUUUUUGGGUUUUUGUUCUUCCUCUAUAUCUAACAUUCUUGUUAAUGGUCAUAUCUAAUAAAUGACAAAUGCUGCAAUUAUUUCUUUCA